AGCAAAGUACAUGUUCACUGUACCAUUGUGGUGGCUUAUACCCUAUCCAUAUAAAAUUUGCCUUUGAUGGUAUUUGCUUUUUCAAAGAUCUGGAUCAUAGAAUCCAUUCCUAACUCUGCUGUUCUAACUGAUGAGGGGAUAUAUAAUUUUAUGUUUUGUAUAUGUUUCCUAAAGGUUUUCCUUGGAUUCAUUUUAGACCUUUUGUAGUUUCUUGGUUUGAGCAUUUAAUUCACUUUCAUUCUUUGUUAUUCAAUAAUAAAUACCUUUAAGAUUGUGGAUUUGCCUUGAACACACCUAGUAAGUUUUUAACGCAUUGCUCUAAUUACUAACAUUUUUCUAAAGAGUUUAUAGAAUGUUAUUUCUUCAAAAUAAGUUAACGAAGUUUAUUUUUAAAAACUUCAGAUAAGUUGCUCACUCUUGUUAUUAAAUCUUUGUUUCAUUGAUUGCAUCAUGGUAUAAAAGUGUGGCCCAAACUGUUCAGCUUUUAGGGAAGUUAUUGUGAUGUUCUUAGUAGUCUAGUGUGCGGUUGAUUUUUAUAGAAAUUCCAUCCCCCAAAGACGGAACUGGAGAAGGCUGUCCCCUACAGGUAGGUUUUUCAGUUUGUCACACAACGCUGAUUGACUUUGCUUUCUAGGUUUGAUGCAAUGUGAUCAGUGGACAGAACUCUAUGGUGUUAUGUAGUCAUUGGCAUUUUCAUCUUUUCCCAACACAAAGUAACUUUCUUUUUCUGUUUGAAGCUUUUGUCCUGAAUCACAUUUGUUUGUUUCUUUCUUUCCUUCUUUCCUUCCUCCUGCCUUUCCUCCUUUUUUAGCUUCACACCCAGUGUGGAGCCGAACGUGGGGCUUGAACUCACAACCUUGAGAUCAAGACCUGAGCUGAGAUCGAGAGUCAGACGCUUAACUGACUGAGCCACCCAGGCACCCCCUGAAUCACAUUUCUAGAGAUAAACAUUGCCAUUUCUAUUUUCACUUGUAUAUACUUACUAUAUUUUGCCUGUCUUUUUGCUUUCAACUGCUUCGUGUCAGUAUGUUUUAGGUGGGUCCCUGAUAAGUAGCACAUGAGUAGACUUUUUUCCUACCCACUGUAAGAUCUUUUACUUUUAAAAGUAGAGGGUUGUAUUCACAUUGGUAAUGAUGAUAGAUAUGAUGGUCUUCAUUGAAUUGUCUUACUUUGUUUCAUUGACUGAUCCCCCCAGAGUAUUAUUUUCCACAAAGGCAGAAGAGUAGAUAGGGUUUUUCUUCUCUGGAUUUUCUUUUCUUUCUUUCUUCUUUUUUCCCCCCCUCUCCCUCCUACUCCGUCUCCCCCUAGGGUAAAUCUGAUUGUAGGGAUAAUCAUUUCCUUGAUUUUCUGCCAUGUGUCUCUGUUUUUGGUUUCAUACAGUAUGUACCUUUUCAUGUGCGACUUCUUUCCCUCAGCAGUACGUUGAUGGGAUUGGCUGUGUUGCUGCGUGUGGUGGUCCACUUUCGUUUGGGUGAAUAAUUGUGAGCCUCCAUCCCGCCUUUUUUUUUUAAUUAAAAAAGUUGUUUUUGACGUUUAUUUAUUUUUGAGAGAGCAUGAGCAAGCAGGGAGGGGCAGAGAGAGAGGGAGACACAGAAUGGGAAGCAGGCUCCAGGCUCUGAGCUGUCAGCACAUGGGACCUGACAUGGGGCUCGAACCCACGAACUGUCAGGUGCUUAACCAACUGAGCCACCCAGCCGCCCCUUCCAUCCCACCUUUGAUGGCUGUCGGGUAGCUUCCGGUUGGGGCUCUAUCCAGCAGCACUGCCGUGAGCCAUCUCUUGGAUCUUUCCUGCUGUAUCUGUGCAUGCCUGUUUGGAGGGCACACAAGCAGAAGGGGACAUGCAGGUUGUGGGGCACAUACUUUGCUUUACUAAAUGAUCCCAGAGUGGGGACAGCAGUGGCCUGGACCAUCCCCCUCCCCCAGCAGUGUUGGGAGCAGCUUCGUUACCCUGAGCCCUCGGCAGUAGUGGUGAUGGGGUGCGGCAGAAGGGAGUGGUCCUAAAGGACAGUGUGAGGAGCAUGGGAGCCCUGGGGAGGGACCUCAGUGGGGUGGUGGGAAGGGGACCCAAGUCAUUUGUUCUGAUGACUCUUGAAGACCCAGGCUUACAAGCUGCUUCCUCUUAGAAAGCCAUGUUCCACGGCCCCAAACACUGGGCCUCCCUCUACCCAGGAGCUGUUUUCUUGAAAAUGCAGAGCCUGUGGGAAAAAGAAAACUCCAGUUCUAUUCAGUCACCCACAGCAGGAACUAGCCAUCUCCUUCUCAGUGCCUCAGUUUCCACACCUCCCGGGUGCCCUGAAGAGGGUUUCAUGAAGGACAUUGGACUGGGCACUGGGGUCCACAGGUGCUGUCAUGGGCUCAGGAUUGGGCAUAGAGGGGCAGCAUCAAGACCAAGGCUGAGCCCGGGGGGUACUGUUGUGGGCCAGAUGGCAGGUGCUGUCAUGGGCUCAGGGUACCAGAGGCAUCAUUCCAGGGAGGUGCCUAGCAGCAGCCUCCGUUGUGGCCCCAGCGGGACCUUGCCAUGACCGCACUGUCUCCUUCUCAGGAUCCUGCCGCUGCCCUAGCUGAGUGAGCCCCAAACCCUGGGGCAGAGACCCAGUCCCUGCUACCGUGAAUAAACAAACCGUGAGUUCUAGAAUUCUCACACAGUAGAGAUGCUCUGCCCCACCCUGCCCCCACAUCCUAUUAUGAGGGCCAGUGUAGGUCAGGCACCUGCUAGCCAUGGCAUGUGGGCCAGGAGAUCUUCAGAGCCUCACAUCUCCAUUUCCUUCUGCCAAACUUGGAAAUUCCCUCUUUUCAGAAGAUCCCUGGUUCCAGGCCUGUGGUCACACCAACAUCGCCUGCAAGAUGGUGAAGGGGAAGCUGGUAGAGGUAGGCAAGUGGCCAUGGCAGGUGAGCAUCUUGUUUCUGGGCGCGUACAUCUGCAGCAGCUCCCUCAUCCACCCUCAGUGGGUCCUCAUGGCCGCGCACUGCCUAGAGAGAUCCAAGGACCCCAAAAAGUACUCCGUGAGGGUGGGAGUCCAGCAGGUCUCAGAAAAUGGCACUUGGCUCCUGCUCACUCGCAUCGUGAUCCACGAGGAUUUCCACAACCUCCUAUCCCAGGACAUUGCCCUCCUGAAGCUCAGGGACCCCAUCUCCUGGUCCCCCCUCAUCCAGCCUGUCUGCCUACCCAACACCAAAUUCAAGCUCUCGCUCGGGACCAUGUGCUGGGUGAUCGGGUGGGGACAUAAAAAUGAACAAGAAACCUCAAGUAGCCCCUACAGUCUUGUGGCCGUCAGGAUCGUUAGCAACGGUAUCUGCCGUCAGCAGUACCAGUUUCUCUUCUUGAAGAAAGAGAAGUUCAUUGGGAAGGACAUGCUGUGUGCCUCCUCAGAAUUGGGCAUGGACUCUUGUUAGGCUAACUCUGGCAGCCCCCUCGUGUGUCAGGUGAACAACUCCUGGAUCCUGGUGAGCUGGAGCUUUCGCUGCAACCAGCGACGCUUCCCAAGCAUCUAUACCAGCACCCCCCACUUCACCUACUGGACCCAGAAGCAGAUCAGUGACAUGAGGUUCAUCAGCAGGGCCAGCGCUGCCUUCCUGAGCCCGGUCACUGGCCACAUCCUGCUGGUGUCCUUGGGCUCCAUGUGGCUCCUGUGAGUGGUGUUUCCAGGGCAGGCCCACCCGGAGGCCACUUCUUCCUCCCUCCGUCUGCCCUCAGGAGAAGUGGAGACCCAGGGGACACGUGACAUCAGGGCAGAGCGCCCUUGGGGGAGGGUCCAAGAGCUGCUGUGUUCAGAGUUGUUCAAUGAAGAUGCUCUUGAGUUUUGCGCCACAGAAAUCAUCAUCUUUCUUCUUGACUGUGGCCAGAACCCUCCGGAGCCUCCGCAGCCCCGGGGGGCCUGUCUGUCCUCUCAAGGGGAGCCUUUCCUGAGGGGCUUACUUGUGCUUUGUGCUGGCCAUGUUUCCCUCCUCGGGGCUGCGCUCUCCCCUUCUGCCAACUUUGGGGUGGGACUCUGUGACCCCUAAACCCUGCUUAAUCCUGUCACCACCUCAGCAACUCCCCGGGUCCCCAUGGCCCUCCCUGGGGCCUCUGACGAGAGUUUCCCUGGGCCUUCCUAAGAGAAUUUGGCCUCUUCCCAAGAAACUCACAAUGACCAGAUCUAUUUAUGGACUUUGUUCCAGAACCUGUGAGCCUCUCCCAACCCUUCAGAUCCUCCUAAGGGUCUACAGAAGCUGACCGGUUCCUCCUCCCUCCCUGGCAGAGGUGGAUGGUGACGGGGGGGGGGGGAGGCAGAGUACUUGCUGGGAUGAAUCGUGUGAGGUGACUGCGCCCUGAGCUCCCAAGCCGCCUCAGUGACCUCCAUCAACGCCCCAGGGAGCCAGAGCCCUGCCUCCGUGCGGAGGUAGGCGUGGGGUCGGCUCAGACCCGGUGGGCCUCAGGUUCAGAGCCCUUGCCCUUUGGGCGCCAAAAGCGUAGCGGGUGUGAUUUGCUGUCUUCGCAGAGAUUGGGGCACUGAACGGGCAGCCUGAGUGUCCCCCAAGACAGCGGGUCCUGGCAAAAGUUAGAAUGUCCUGACUUGCUUUCACUGUCACCUAGAAUUUCCUAACAGUUUUAAGCCCCCCAUAGGAUUUCAUCACGACACUUUUUAAUUGUGUUAUCUGUCUGUGUCACGGAGCCAUCAAAAUGUUCCCCAAAUUCCAACCCACCUUCAAGUGGCCUUCUGCUCCCAGCGGCUCUGCUGGUUACCAUCACUCUUUCUCUGAGGAGAAACCUCACCUACCUCCUGUGCCGUCUUUCCGAAGCGGAUGGAUCUAUAAGAGAAGAGCAUUUGCUGAAUG